AACGUGCCGACACUGCUUUUGUUUAACUCAUUUAAAUUGUUAUUGUAUACAUUUGAUAGGCUAACCACUAUCAUGUGCAAGGUACUAAAUCUUCGUAAUAUUACUACGUUAUCUGUUUUAUCUCUAUCUUCCACAUCUUCUUUGUUCAAAAUGGCUGACACUGUUCUAGAAAAUCGCAAUAUGUGGAUUCAAAUGCCUUUAAAUGAAAAACGGACACAUUACAAAUGUGGCGAUAACUUUGUUACUCUGGACAAAGUACCAACUUGGACUUUACAAUCGAAGAAAUUAGGUUCAUCUCUUGUUCAAAGGUGUGGAGGAAAGGAUUACAACGACAGUGGUUUCGGACCUUUCUCAGCCAACCCUUCACUAGCAGACAAAGUGUCAAUGUGGGAGGGAGACAUCACAAAGCUGGAGAUAGACGCAAUCGUCAAUGCAGCAAAUGAAAGCCUGCUCGGAGGAGGGGGAGUGGACGGUGCCAUUCACCGAGCUGCUGGGCCGGAACUGAAGGCCGAGUGUAAGACUCUACACGGGUGUCCCACGGGCCAGGCCAAGAUCACGGGUGGCUACAGGCUGCCUGCCAGAUAUGUGAUUCAUACUGUUGGACCAAGAGGAGAGAAACCAGACCUGUUGGAGCAAUGUUAUCAAAACUCUCUAGAUAUCGUCCGCAAAGAGGGCCUCAGAUCCGUGGCAUUUCCCUGUAUCUCAACAGGAAUCUAUGGAUAUCCCCAAGAAAAUGCAGCAAAAAUUGCGCUCACCACUGUCAGGAAUUUCUUGGAUAAAAAUGCUGACUCUAUCGAUCGGGUCAUAUUUUGUCUGUUCCUCGAGGAAGAUAUUGAAAUCUACAAAGGGUGCAUGCCAAUUGCAUUCCCUUUGGCCAAAGUCUAAAUUUGUUGUUAAUUCAUUUCCAUUAGGUUAAGUAUGAGGUUGUGAUUUUUAUCAUGUAUUGAUAAUUAAACUUUUCUUUUUACUCAA